AUGGGUUACAUGCGUAUACUCAGGAGGAUGCGUAGUGCGUUGGUCUGGCAAAGGGGCAGCAGCAAAUGUGUGGGCGAUGUUUUGGACGCCAUCAUUGACAAGGCCGGUAUAUGCAGCCGCGGCGACAAGGACGAGAGAACUGCGAAGCGGGACGGGGAGGGAGUGACGCGGUGGAAGCACCGCAACCGCCCACCCGAAGGGAUAAUUGCCGCGGUGAUGCGGGGGUCCAACCCUUUUUUUGUCUCGCUGCGCCCCUUGACGAACGCGACAUCAAAGAAAAAGGAGACCGCGGAGGGCCCGCGUGUGAACGAGGCGGUGACGCGGGGCAGGGAGGCCGUGCCGAAGAGGGAAAAGAGGCGUGGACCCAAACGCACGGCGGCUGGUUGUGGCAACAAGCAGAGAAUUAAUGUGCCUGUGACGGCCACAGCAGUACAGUCGUGUGUGUUGUCCGCUGCCGGUGCUUCAGUCGCUUCCACAACACCGCCGCCACCGUGUCGCGCCCGUCGCCUCACUGCACGAAAACUUCGUUGGCUGAGCAAUGGCGUCACGAAGGCCACCGCGCUGUUCAAACUUUUUAAAACGCUCUCUCUUUACGGGCAGUCGCGCCUCGUUAAGAACCGCCGCCGACAUUGUUGUCGUUCUGCGGAGAAGGGGAAUGGUGUUGAUGGAGGAGAAGCACGCCUCCACGCAGCCUUCUGGUCUGCUUUGGCCUCGGUCCUACAGCAGCGUCGUCUCCACAAGAAGCAAUGGCAUGCGCUCUGGGAGGCUCAGUCUGAUGGCCAGUGUGAUGUUCAGCUCCUGCGGGCCUUCCCUCUCUUUGGGCUUUUGGUGGUUGUGGAGCGAAUGCGAUGGAGACAAGACAACGAGGAUCCCUGCACUGUCAUCGCUGAAGUUGUCGGCUCUGCGUUGGGCGUUGUGAUGCACGAGUCGAGGGCAUUUAUAGGUGUGGCUUUGUUACGGGAAGAGAAGAAAUUACGGGUGCUCUCCAAUCAUCCGUUGAUUGGCGAGGGGAUGAGAAGGAAAUCUACGGAUAACGCAUUGAUGGGAGACGAGGAGCUCCCAACGGGUCGGAUUCUGCGUGUUUCGAAGAUGUUUCCUGGAGGCACAGGCACUGCAGCCGAGCUGCGCUGCCCUCGUGAAACCACGCGUUGCGUCGUGGCGAGGGUGGCACCAGAGGAAUUGUAUGAUAACUUUACUGCGUUCAGCCCGCUCGUUGGCCGCUAUUUGUGA